AUGUUUCUCAAGAGGACCGUGGUCGCUGGCCUGGUCUUGGUGCGCCAAGUGACUGCUCACGAUAGCAAUGCUAUUGUUGUGGACGGAACCUCUUUUGCCCUGAACGGCCAAGGGGUGUCGUACCUAUUCCAUGUUGAUAACACCACCGGUGACCUGAUCAAUGACCACUUCGGUGGCAGCGUGACUGGCCCGAUCCCCCAGAGAGAUCCUUCCAGCGAUCAACGGCUGGGAGACUGGCGCACUCCCGCGGUGCGCAUCCGCCAGACACCUGGAUACACCGUUUCCGACUUCCAGUACCAUUCCUUUGAAAGGAAGAGCGGGAAACCCGAGCUGACGGGCCUCCCGUCAACUUUCGGCGAUGAUGCCGAUGUCUCUACCUUGGUUAUCCAUCUGUAUGACAAGUACAGUGAUGUCGCAGCGGACUUGACCUACUCUAUCUUUCCCAAAUACGAUACUAUCACUCGCAGUGUAAGCAUCACGAACAAGGGCAAGGGGAACAUCACAGUCGAAGCACUUGCCAGUAUGAGCGUUGACUUCCCAUACGAGGACCUCGACAUGAUCAGCCUGAGCGGCGAUUGGGCCAGAGAAGCGCACCGUCAGCGUCGAAGUGUGGAAUACGGAUUGCAAGGAUUUGGGUCUUCCGUGGGAUAUUCCUCCCACUUGCAUAACCCCUUCCUUGCCAUCGUGGACCCUACUACCACAGAGUCUUCUGGAGAGGCCUGGGGAUUCUCCCUCAUCUACACAGGCUCCUUCUCUGCAAGCGUGGAGAAAGGAUCCCAGGGCUUCACGCGGGCUCUCAUCGGGUUCAACCCGGACCAACUCUCUUGGCCCCUGGCUCCCGGCGAAACCUUAACCUCGCCUGAAGUGGUAUCAGUCUACUCCAAAGAUGGCAUUGGCGGGGUCUCCCGCAAGCUUCACAGACUAUACCGCAACAAUCUUAUCAAAAGCAAGUUUGCUACUUCCGAUAGACCGCCCCUCCUGAACAGCUGGGAGGGUCUGGGGUUUGACUACAAUCAGUCCACCAUUGAGCAGCUCGCCAAGCAAUCUGCCGAUCUAGGAGUUACCAUGUUCGUUCUUGACGAUGGCUGGUUUGGUGAUAAAUAUCCACGUACAGACGACAACGCCGGCCUGGGCGAUUGGGUUCCCAACCCUGCCCGGUUCCCCAACGGCAUUGCACCAGUCGUAGAGAACAUCACCGCCCUCAAAGCAGCGAACACCUCGACUGCUCUUCGUUUCGGUAUCUGGAUGGAGCCCGAGAUGGUGAACCCUAACUCCAGUCUAUACCGUGAGCACCCAGACUGGGUCCUGCACGCAGGACCUUAUCCGCGCACGGAGCGACGGAACCAGCUCGUUCUCAACGUGGCUCUGCCUGAAGUUCAAGAAUUCAUCAUCGAGUCUGUGUCCAACAUCCUAAAUAGUGCCAAUAUCAGCUAUGUCAAAUGGGACAACAACCGAGGCAUGCACGAGACGCCCUCUCCCACCACCGACCAUCAAUAUAUGCUCGGCAUCUACAAAGUCUUCAACAAUUUGACCACCCAAUUCCCCGACGUCCUCUGGAAGGGCUGUGCCUCCGGCGGUGGGAGAUUCGACGCUGGCGUGAUGCAAUAUUUCCCGCAAAUUUGGACCUCUGAUGACACCGAUGCUGUGGAGCGGAUCACCAUCCAGCUCGGGACGUCUCUUGCCUACCCGCCGAGUGCCAUGGGGGCUCAUCUCUCCGCAGUGCCAAACCAGCAGACUGGUCGUACCAUCCCCGUCGAAUUCCGUGGCCACGUCGCCAUGAUGGGCGGAUCGUUCGGUCUAGAGCUCGACCCAGCGAAGAUCUCCGAAGAAGACAAGGCAGCGCUCCCGGGUCUCAUUGCGCUGGCAAAGAAGGUCAACCCGCUUAUUCUGAAGGGCGACCAGUAUCGUCUCAGUCUUCCGGAGGACUCGAAUUGGCCCGCUGUUCUUUUCAUCUCUGAAGAUGGUGCUCAGGCAGUGCUUUUCUACUUUCAGAUCAACCCCCUCAUCAACCAUUCUGUCCCUUGGGUCAAGCUACAAGGCUUGGAUCCCAAGGCUAUAUAUACGGUUGACGGGAACCAGACGUACGCUGGGUCUACGUUGAUGAACAUUGGCCUGCAGUUCCCAUUCUCGACAAACUAUGGCAGCAAGGUUGUGUUCUUUGAGAAGCAAUGA